AUGCCUUCACCACAAUUAAAUAAGCAACUAUACACAAGUAUAACUCGACUCAAACUAUUAAACACACCUACUUCAAAUCCCAAGUUUGUACUUGAGAAGUCACCAUUUGAUGAAAAUAGUGAUGACGAAGAAAUGGUUGCUUCUCGGGAGAAAAAAGAUAUCGUUAUUGUUGGACGAAUAUUUCCAGACUCAGAAGUAUUUAGAGAAGGUUCAUUUAAAAUCAAAAUGAAAAUAACAUCAACUUAUCCAUACGAUCCAUCUGAAGUAUAUUUUCUUACUCCAAUUUAUCAUCCAAAUGUUAGCCAAGAUGGCAAAUUUUGUUAUAAUUUACUUAGGUCUGACCAAAAGUUCUGCAAUCGUUAUUGGCAAUUUUAUAAACCAAUCAACAUUCAAGAGGUUGUUGCAUGGAUAAAUAGUGGAAUGUCUUGUCUAUAA